UUGUGCGUGCAUGUAUUAGAUGCCAGAGUUUUCAGUCAAACUCCAUGAGCGAGAAAAAGGGGAGUUGCGUAGUCACAGAGAGUGCAGAAGUCUAUAAGGUACUUUACUUAGCUUCACGUCAAUGUGUUAGAAUUCAAAGAAAGUUCGAAUCAUAAAAGCAUAUUCCAUUUUUAGGGGUGACAUUUAUUCAAGACAAGAGCAGCAGCAUGCAGUGCCUGAACUAGCAGAUGAAGGUAACAGUUCACCACUGUUCAAGGAAUGAAUGUAACUGUUGUUAUCUUGUGGAGACCCUAAAAACAGUCGGCAGUUUUCUACGGUGCAAUAUGAUUACCCCUCAUGGAAAAAACAAUUUUCCGAUCUUAACUUCUGUCAUCCUGAUACUCAUCUCUACGGUGAUCGAAGCUUCUUUAGUUUUCCGCGACGACAUUUUACAACAAACAACAUUGAGUGAACGAGAAAAAGAACGGCUACAAGGCACGUAUCUGGGCAUCAGCGACGUUUCCUUCGAAGCUGGAGAUAUUUUGACCAGCAGCAACGGCGUUAUGUUCUUUGCAAUGGAUGCAACCUCUGUUAUUUAUAUGGACGUUCAGAGGGAAUACGCUACCUUUAGACACGUCUAUGCUGCCAGUUUGCCAGAAGAAUACAUCAGGAGUCACUUUAAAGAUAACCCUUUCGGCGGGAAUAAAGGAGUGCGCCUGGCUGAGGUCUUCGUGGGUAAGAAAGUCCCCUACAAAACAAAGACAUGCAACCAGUAUCACUACAUGGACUAUUUUUACCUUGGUCGCGUCAGGGACGUCCAACAUCAUAUUUUUUCUGAUCGCAAGUCGAUGAGCAGUGACUGUCCCUUGUGGAGGAAGAAUUUUUCUUCUGUGCAAACGUGGGAGUUCUCUCAACGUGACUUUUACCUCCAAACCAGCAAAGGCGCAGCAGUCUAUCCUUCUGAUUGGGAGACUGCUCCCCCGAUCUCGGCAAUCUCACCAAUCUCGUCAAACUCUCGUUCUUUGUCAACCAAAGGCACGGCCCGGUCCAAUACGCAGCCUCGCCGUGCACUUACUGUAUCUAAAUCUUGGAUUCGCCGCAGUUUGUCUACACCUGUGUCUUUUAAGCGGACUAAGUCUUUUCUCUCCUGCUUCCUAUAGUGAGAACUUGUUGAUCUUCAAAAAUAGGAACUAAAACACCUACGGUAUAAGCGCAACUUGACGUAUUUCUGCUGCGCGGAACUAAGUAAAAUUUCUAGAAAAAAUCUGGGGUCAUAUUCGGCUUUAGCGCAG